AUGACGGCUCCUCCAGUUCCUGAAAAGAGCAGACUACGUAAACAAUCGACAGUAUCCAUUGACACGACAGCGACCACAGCCACAACCGCAAAUAACACUGCUGGUAACAGCGCCAAUGUCGAGCAACAGCAGCUUAGUAAAAGCCGCUACACAGAGCAAUUUGACUUGAUUCCACCCCCUGAACUGCUCGAGGCGCUUUCUUCCUCCACUGUCGACAAUGACAGCAAGCGAAGCAACAAACCGUCCACCACGCAUAAAACGCUACGACCAUUCCUGUAUUCAUCCAACAGUACAACCACAAUCGAACAAGUGCAGCCAUCGCCCAAUAAUUCAACGUCGCGCCCACCUAUUUCCAAUGCAACAUUCUGGUCAUCGUCAUCCAUCUCGCACUCAUUCUCGGCGCGUAACCUCAGCAGCUACAAGCUUAGCGACCUCUCCGAACCCGAGGAUAACAGCAGCGUGAAAAAUAAACCUGCAACAACACCAAACAAAAAGCAAGCUAAAAAGAGCAAGAGCAAACUGUUCGGCUCUAGCGUGAGUUUGUCCAAGAGUACACCAACGACGUCGCAUGAACAGACUAAUAAAAGCACCAAUAACGAAGAAGAAGAAUACGUCAAAACGAGCGGACCACGCGUGCCCACGAUAUUUAGUUUGAACCGUGCGGAUGUAAUUAUUUCGCGACUGGAUUACUGGCAGCACUUGCUCAAGGCAGUCAUUAACUGGAUGGAGGAGCUGGUCAAGAUCAGCUUCCAAAACAGUCGCUGUUACUCACAACGUGCCUUGCCGGUCCUUAAAGAGGAUAUCGGUGACACCUCUGAUGAUGAAAAAAAUGCUAUGGCUACAGUGCAAGCGGGUCUUCAAAUGCUUAGCAUCCAGCUCGCCAACGAAGAAAAGGAGUUUGGCAAAAGGAUCCAGCAGGAUUUCCUGCCUGGACUGAUCAAGUUACGCAAGGAUGCCAAGGAGAUGAUCCGUGGUCUGAAGGAGGAGCCUGAGCUGGUCAUGGAUGAGUUGCUCAGAUAUGCUGAAACCACCCGCAAGAGCAUGACCCAGCUUAAUCGGCACUGCAAAGCGGCAGAAACUUAUCCUGUGGAACAUGAUCCAUGGCUUGCCAAUUUGUAUGUGUUGCGCCAGCUGAAGCAUGAAGUGGAUGAAGAGAACCGAAUGCGCAAGUUGAUGAUGCCCAUCCAAAAAGGAACGGCGGCAUAUGAAGCCCGUGCGCUCGAGCAACUCAAACCAGCCAUUGAGUUUUGCUACAAGAAGCUUGCACCCGGGUUGUGGGAAGGCUCUGAAGAGAACGAUACACCUUUCAGACUUGUGAUGGAGCACAUUGCACCCUCCACAGAAUGGAAGAGCUUCUACGAAAGCAAGAAGAAGGACCUGGUCAAUGAGGAGAACCCGCUCAAGGACUACCUGAAGAUCAACUAUCCCAACAAGUUGAAUCCAAAGGUUAUGACCGUUGCAAAGGGCAUCAUGGAGCGCCGUACUGGUGUCUUGAAGCAAUAUACAGAGCGUUAUUUUGUUCUCAGCCAAUGUGGUUACUUGCAUCAAUUCACGAUGGGCGACAAGGUGUCUCCUGAACGAUCCAUCUAUAUUCCUGAAUGCACAGUUGUACCCUCGAUCGAUAUCAGUCACUUUGCCGAGAACGACAAGACUGACGGACCAUACACGUUUGAAAUUCACAAGCGUGGGACCCAAGUGCUGCAGCGAGACCGUGUGUUUUAUUUCCGCACCAAUUCGCGCGAAGAGCUUUUAUCCUGGUGUCGUGUAUUGUGUGAUGUUUCCUCGGUAGCACAAGGCACCCGUAUGAUUCCACAUCCUAUAACUAACACUAGCUCUGCUACACGACCUUCGGACUCUGUAUCAUCGUCAGCAUCGUCUUCAGUAGAAGGACAGCACAACAAAAAGAAUAGUUCAACAGUAUCUGUCCCAACGAUUCGGUCGGUUCGCUCGAACAUGACAGCUACGCCUCCAGCAGCCUCGCAACCAAAUAAUACUGCUGCUACUGCCAGUAUGACUACCACGUCGAGCACUAGAGUACUAGUAACUUCUACUACUACUGAUACCAAGACUACAAUGGAAGCAGAUGAGAAAACCGAAACUUCUGCAAGCGAGGCAGCAACUCCUGCUAGUAGUAGCAGCAACGGCAUCAAUGGAACAAACGGUCAUCGACAUAUUAGUUUUCCAUCAGCUACUUCUGCUGCUGUUGAUGACGACGAAGAUGACGCAGCUAGCAUCAAGACCGCACGGGCCACCGCAGACGAACCAGAGCAGGAACAAUCCAAGAAAGAUGAAGAGCAAAAGAAAAAGAAACCCCAGGAAAAGAAUCCACACAACGAGGCACACGAAACCGAAAAGGAAGAGAAGAAUGAGGAACAACACCAACAACCAACUUUCGUACGACCUGAGUCACGAGCUAGUACCGUGGACGACAGCGAAUCUUCUGUAUACUUUUCAUCUACCUCGGGUCCACCUUCACCUACAUCAACCACUAGCUCGAUACCCGAUCAUCACUUUGAAUUCCCUGCAUUGCAAGACGAUGACGACAGCAAUAACUAUAACAGCAACAGAAUUGAUCGUCAGCUAGAAAACGAUGGUGAAGAAGACGAGCCAAGUACACCCCGAGCUCAAUUCUACCAGCCCAUGCUAAACUUCUCCAUCUAG